UGGGCGAUGGGCUUCCCCGAAUCCGAGAUUCCCAGGUAGAUUUUCACGGCAAGGGAACGCGAGGGUAGGAAGCGCGGCCGCGCAAGAUUGCAAGAAGAUGAGGGGCUUGUGGAUGUGGUUGCACCUGAUUGGCAGGUCUCUAGACUCCAGCUGUCGGCCACGGGUUUCUCAACCGCAGGCACGAUGAACUGGCGCGCGCUGCACCUGACGCCAGGGCCUGGUGGUCUCUUUGGCAAAUCUGACAAGAGAUCGUUGGCGAGGCAGCUGCGCUGAAAGCAACUCGUCGCGUCCGAGGAUCCUCGGCCGCUGAGCUUGUCUCUGAGCACCAGCGGCGCCACCUGGCCGGACGUGUCCCCAAGCAGUGAGCCAGUGAGUACGCGUACUGGUCACGUCGCCGGCCACUCAGGGGGGUCGGUGAAGAAGAGGAGGGUCGAGCCUGUGGAGAAGCGAGGGCGGGAGGGGAUGCAACCUGACGCAGACACGCUGCCGAUACGCUGAACGGUGGGAGAGUAGAAACGGAGAGUGACCGCAUGCCAUGCCGCGAAUCCUUCUCCUCUGCCUCUUUCUCCUCGCCCAUGCGGCGGCGGAUGGGGAGGCUCGGUUCGGAGGUGGAGUGCUGCUUCCGCUGCGGGUGCAGGCGGCGUCGCUUGCGCCGCAGGCGCCGGCGAACAAGCUCCGGUUCCGCCACGACGUGAGCCUGACCGUGUCGGUGGCCGUGGGCACGCCGCCGCAGAACGUCACGAUGGUGCUCGACACCGGCAGCGAGCUCUCCUGGCUGCUCUGCAACGGGACCGGCGCACCGCGGCCCGCGGCGGCGUUCGACGCGCCGGCUUCGUCCACGUACGCCGCGGUCCACUGCCGGUCGCCGGAGUGCCAGUGGCGCGGGCGCGACCUCCCCGUCCCGCCGUUCUGCGCCGCGCCGCCGUCCGACUCCUGCCGCGUCUCGCUCGCCUACGCGGACGCCUCGUCCGCCGACGGCGUCCUGGCCGCCGACGCGUUCCUCCUCGGCGGCGCGCCGCCCGUGGCCGCGCUCUUCGGCUGCAUCACCUCCUACUACUCCGCCACGGGCGGCGGUAGCAACGGCACCGACUCCUCGGACGCCGCGACGGGCCUCCUCGGCAUGAACCGGGGCAGCCUGUCCUUCGUGACGCAGACGGACACCCGCCGCUUCGCCUACUGCAUCGCCCCGGGCGACGGGCCCGGCCUCCUCGUCCUCGGCGGCGACGGCCUCGCCCUGGCGCCGCCGCUGAACUACACGCCGCUCGUCGAGAUCCCGCAGCAGCUGCCGUACUUCGACCGCGUGGCCUACUCCGUGCAGCUGGAGGGCAUCCGCGUGGGCGCCGCGCUGCUGCCCAUCCCGAAAUCCGUGCUCGCGCCGGACCACACGGGCGCGGGGCAGACCAUGGUGGACUCGGGCACCCAGUUCACGUUCCUCCUCGGCGACGCCUACGCGGCGCUCAAGGCCGAGUUCGCGAACCGGACGCGCGCGCUCCUGGCCCCGCUCGGCGAGCCGGGCUUCGUGUUCCAGGGCGCGUUCGACGCGUGCUUCCGCGCGCCGGAGGCCCGGGUGGCCGCGGCGCUCCCGCGGCUCCCGGAGGUGGGCCUCGUCCUGCGCGGCGCGGAGGUGGCGGUCGCCGGGGAGAGGCUCCUGUACAGGGUGCCCUGGGAGCGGCGCGGGGAGGGCGGCGCCGAGGCGGUGUGGUGCCUGACGUUCGGGAGCUCGGACAUGGCGGGCAUGUCGGCGUACGUGAUCGGGCACCACCACCAGCAGAACGUGUGGGUGGAGUACGACCUCCAGAACGGCCGCGUCGGGUUCGCGCCAGCGCGCUGCGACCUCGCCACCGUGCGCCUCGGCAGCGGAGCAUAACGCUUUCGACACAAGCAGCAGCAGGGCGCGAAAUCGUUGGUGGAGAUGGUCUCUCCGAUCACCUGCUGCUGUGGUCAACUUUGUAUUCCGCCAACAAAUAUACGAGCCAAUGACAAACUGAAAUACUACUAUAGUUUAGUUGUUCACACACCUAGUAGUUUUUUUUUUCGCAAAACAAAAUAUUCAUCAAGUUUUGAAUCUGCUGAAAAAAAAAGAACUUGGAAUAUAUUUGGACAGUGAUGUACCAGCAUCCCGGUGACA